GUUCGCGAAAAUGUAAACAUCACAUGGACCUCGGCAGCGAGAGACGCCCCUUCCUCUCAGCUUUUCAUGUAAUACUCGCUUUCCAGGACUCAGGAAGGAAAGUUGACCAUGUCUGAGAUACAUAUUCCUGAGAGUGACGAUCCCGAUGGUGUUGUCGUAGCAACGGUAGCCACAAGAGCUGCCAGGAAUAGAGAGAGAAGUGGGAGUGCCAGAAAUCAUCACCCUGGGCCUGUUGUGGGACUCGUUACACCUCGUCUCCAUGAAGGGGAUACGGAAGAAUUAUUACCUAAUGAUGAGCUCGUUGAGGAUCCUGAUCAGGAGCUCUUCAUGUCGUGUCAGCUUACGAGCUCAUUCGGGGAAGAAAAGGGAAUCACAUGGUAUAAGGCAAUGUUUUUGAUAGUCAAUGCAGCAUUAGGUGCUGGGCUUCUUAAUUUCCCAAGAGCAUUCCAUGAAGCAGGUGGAAUUGUUUCCGGGAACUUAGUUCAUAUUAUAUUCACCUCCUUUGCCCUUGGCUCUCUCAUAAUCAUUGCAAGGUGUGCAAGUGAGAGAAAUUGUAAAACAUAUCAGGAGUUGAUUCUGCACAUGUGUAGCCCGGGAUGGAAUGUGGUAGCGUCUGUGUGUAUCUCCGUCUACUGCUUCGUCACCUGCAUCACGUUCAUCAUCAUCAUUGGAGACCAGUUUGAUAGAGCUUUUGCCUCAUUUAUUGGGAAGGAUUUCUGCCAUUCAUGGUACUUAAACCGCAAAUUCACCAUGACUAUUUCGUCACUGUUGCUCGUCUUCCCUUGCUGUUUCAAGCGAAUAGAUGGACUAAGGUUUAUGAGUUAUGUGGGUGUCCUUGCCAUUUGGUACUUAAUGGCAGUGAUUGUAGCUGAAUUCUACACCAAGAGUUACCCCAAGGGACCCGUGCUUGUCUAUGAUCUGGAGUGGUCUCAGAUUUUCAAUGUAGUACCAACGAUAUGCUUUGGGUACCAGUGCCACGUAAGCAGUGUCCCAAUAUAUUCGUGCCUGAAACAACGAGAUUCACAGACUUUUACCAAAGCCUGUGUAUCUGCAGUCUUCGUGUGCUUGCUUGUGUACACAAUAUCGGCCAAUUAUGGAUACUUGACGUUUGGUUCUCUUGUUAACGCGGAUGUCUUGCUUUCCUAUGAUGCUUUGGAGCCGCAGGUCCUUAUUGCUGACAUCUUGUUGGCUGUGAAAUCCUGGACAACGUAUCCCAUUCUGUUGUUUUGUGUGAGGGAAGCCAUGGGAGAUUUGUAUGUGCAAGUGAGAUCUCUCUCUCCAGCGGAAGCAUCGGUGAAGGAACCACUGAGACGAAAGGUGAUCGCCGUGUUUCUCUGGGCAACUUCCAUAUUAUUCGCUGUUUUCACACCAAACAUUAACAUUGUUGUGAAGCUCCUUGGAAGUCUGGCUGCAAUAUUCAUCUUUGUCUUUCCUGGUAUGUGUAUGGUGCAGCUAGUGUUGGCCGACAUGGAAAUCAAUGGAACAGCAAGACGAAGCAGAAACGUUACGUUGUUCCUGGUAGCAGCUGCGUACAUUGUUGUGGGAAUGUUUGCCUUUGGCCUGGCUUUUACUUUAGGCAUUCAGCACAUACUUCAUCCAGAUAGUGUUGUGCCAAUAUGCAAAUGAGGAAUGUAAACUCUCUUAUGUGUGCAGACGUUGUCCUUGAUAUCCGGCUAUGUGAAUCCAUCCAUUUUAUCUGCUUUUUGUAUGUGUGAGUGUAUACAAUUUUAUCAAUUUUUUUUUGUGUAUGUAUUUUAUUGUUGUCUUGGCAGAGAAUGGAUUUCUUACCUUCUACUUUUAAAACAUAUAUACUUAUAUAAAUAUAAAGGAUAAUAUUAGUGUGAGUGUUUAAGUGUUUUAUUAAGAAUUAAAUUUGCUCAAAGCUAGAGAGUGAAGGGAGUAAGUUUGGUUGAAGGAAAAUUGUGCGAGAGGUUCUGUUUUAACCUUUCAUUUUUUCAUAUAUUUUUGGAACAUCAUGAUUUUUUUAAUUGUGGUAUUAAAAGAUUUUAAUAUUUGCUUGACUUGAAUACACAUAUAUAUAUAUAUUUGCAUUGUAUUUUUAUACAAAAAUCUUUAAUUCUCAGUUGUAUAUGAUUAGUGUUUAAUUAUAAGGUUGACGAUGCCUAUGAGUGAGAAAAACAUAUAGGUAAGAAAUGUGACAAUUUUACACAGAUGGGAUGAGAGUAUAUG